AUGCUCCCGGGAAGACCGUUAUUCACGUCCAACGCGCGAUCGCGGACGCACAGACGGUCGUUAUCGACGCCGAUAGACGCUUUCGCGUCGAUCGACUUAGCUCGAGCUUUGACGCAGACGCGCUCGGGGGAUGGCUCCAGCGCGCCGUCGCCCGCGGACGAGGAGAACGACACCGCGCAAAUGGUCGACGCGCUUGAUGAUAAUGCGCCGCUGGAUGUCAGAGAGCUCGCGAUGCGGGAUCCAAAGCGAGCGAGACGGAUCUUGGCGAAUCGACAGAGCGCGGCGCGGAGCAAGGAGCGGAAAGUAGCGUACAUGAGCGCUCUGGAACAGCGCGUGGCGGAGUUGGCGAGGGAGGAGGCGGAGUUGGAGCGAGAGAGAGAGGAAUUGACGCGGGAAGUGGCGACGCUGGGGGCGGAGAACGAGGCGUUGGCGAUGUUUAUGUAUGAUGGCGGCGCGUUCGCGGGAGGGACGCCGAGAAAGACGCCCGGAAGAGCUUGA